AUGGGUCCUGAUUCAGAAACGCUGAUAUCCCAACUAGAAAAAGUUGAGAAACUCCCAAGAUAUGGAAAUGCGACCAAGACAGAAUCAGCAAUCGACAGAGUCCUGGAUACUCUAGAGCUUCUGGACAUGAUCCUGACCCGGGUGGAUAUGCGCACGCUUCUCACAUCUGCUCAGCGAGUCUGUCGUAACUGGUUGAACCUGAUUAACAAGUCGCCGUCUAUCCAAAAAGCUCUUUUCUUCACUCCGAUCGCAGAUUCCGAAUGGGGAAUGAACGAAAAGACACUCAACCCGCUUUUGACAGAGACCUUUGCUUCUAUAUUUCCCGCCGAGGACAGAUCGGUGUAUUACAAAUUCAACUUUUCAGAUUUAGCCAUGACCAAAGACGCUGCAAGCAUGGAUCGAUUCGUACGAAAGAACGCAAGCUGGCGCAAGAUGCUAGUCCAGCAGCCGCCCAUACCAGAAAUAGGACUUUUUCAUAUUUGCCACGGGAUGUGUGGGGAUAAUGCCGAAAGUAAUAGUAUAUCGGCGGAUAAAAACAGGCAAGAAUUUGGGAACGGUGGUUUUCGGAUGGAAAGGCUCUUUGAGCUUUUACUCUUGGACCGCCGGGUUGAAUUCUUGCCUUUCACCAAAGCGCGAGUAUAUUGGUCUACUGAAGCGCCGAUCAUAUUUAACGAGAGCUAUCGCUAUCCUAACAUCAACGAUGAAUUUUUUCGGCUUCUGAAUCAAUUUGGUUUAGUUCUCUAUACGCGCACGGUCAGGCAGUGCUCUGAAUAUACCGGUUCCCCAAGUGCUGCGGAAAUUGUCAGGGGGGAGAUUAUUGCGGCUUAUGGAGACCACGGCUUCGAUGUUGAUUCUAUGAGACAGUCUCUCCAAGAUUCGGAGAGUCAAGUGGUUGACUUAGAUGGGGCGAUACGAUAUGCCCCUGAGAGCCCGCAAACUGCUGAUUCUCUGCGAGAUGCAGAUGAUCUGGAAGACCAGCGUCUUGUCCCCCCGGUCAAAGAUUUCAUUUUUGGAUAUGAUGAAAUGUGGGGCAGUUUUCAACAAUUCAAGUCCUCUGCCCUGAAUGGCUGCCCUCUAUGUAGUUAUCUUUAUAACGCAGGGCGUGUUGGUUGGGAUUCUUGUGAAAAGAGUGCCGACCUCAAUCCUGGGCCGCCUUUCUCACUGAAGUGGAAUGGACAGCUACCCCUUCGACCACCAUUGGUGAAUGAAGACCAUAAUAUAAUCAUGGAGCAUGCAUAUGAGUUCCUACAUGGUGUUCAAUAUUCAAUAUUUGUUGACCCGGAUGAGCCAAUAUCAAACGAAGUUUCUCCUAGGAGGAUUGAUCCCGAUCCUAUGUCGGACCAAGUCUUUGCUAAGAUCAAUGGAUGGAUUACGUCCUGUUGCCUGAAUCAUUCUUCUUGCCAGACCGCCGAGGCAGCAUUGCUACCUCGAUUCGUGAUCGAAAUUGAUGGUAGCGACGGGGCAAAACCAAGCUUGCGAAUAUUCGAAAAUGGACAGAAGAAGGCGCGUUAUAUUGCAUUGAGCUAUGUGUGGGGGAUAAGGCCCCAACCGGUGCAACUGAUGAAGGAGAACACGGAGAGACUGAAAGAGUGCAUCGACUAUGACACACUACCCAGCACGAUACAGGAUGCUAUACGUGUAGCACGGCGUCUCGGUGUGAAAUACGUGUGGGUCGAUGCCCUUUGCAUCGUUCAAGAUGAUGAUGAUAUCAAGAAGCAACAGAUCGGCCAAAUGCAAAACAUUUACGGCAAUUCCUAUUUGACUAUACAAGCAGCAAACGUUAGCACGGUCAUGGAAAGCUUUUUGAAACUUCGAGAGUCUCCCGAGCCGUUCAAGCUUCGAUACGACGAAACCAGCCACGUCUACCUGAGGGGAUAUACUCCACAUCGCUUGUCUGGUGGAUCAGCUCGGCAAAGAGCCUGGAUUUACCAAGAGUCCAUACUACCAAAUCGACUUCUUCUCUACGGAGAACACCAAAUAAUCUUCCAAUGCAGAGAGGAAAUGCAACAUGAAGACGGUUUUCGCGCCAACCAAACGGAAUCUCGUUCCUCCGCGACACCAUCAUUCUUAAGACCCAGCAACUGGCUCAAUCAUUUGCGUACAAGAUUAACUAAGCCUGUUCCCGCUCCCGAUCGCCGACUGGAUUUCCUCUCAGCGUGGUAUUCCGCCAUUGAUGACGGAUAUACAACACGAAAACUCACCUAUCGAGGCGACAGACUGCCCGCAGUCAGCGGUGUCGCUGCCCGUUUACAAAAGGAAAUAGGAGGGCGAGAAGAUGGCUUUCCAGUUGCCUCGGUCUGCAUGAAAUCGUUGCAGGUGGACAUUACGGGAGAGAUCGUCAACAGUGAUGGAAUGCUGCAGAUAAGUGCUCGACUUGUUUACACUUCUGUGAUUUGCAAGACGAAUUCCCGGCACAAGGAUUUACAGCAACAGAGCAUUAAGACUCAAAGUGGGAGGCCGGUUGGAAGGCUGGACCCGUUAUUGGUAUGGGAUACGCCCGAAAAGGGAUCCCAAGGACUGGGGGAAUCCGAGAUAAAUUUCGAUCGAUACUCCGGGAGUUAUGAGGGGCCUAUUGCUGUUGCUGACUUCGAUGUCGAAGAUGAGCAGAGCUCUUACUCUGGUGUGUGGUGUCUGCUUAUUUGUCGCUCUACAGCGUUGAUGCUGGAUGCGCCCGGGGUCCUAUCCGAUGCUGAGAUUUUCAGAGUUGAGCUCUCAAAUCUACCAAGCGACGAUAUACCAAACUUUAUCAAUGUCUAUCUUAUGUCCUACUGUGUGGGACAUGAGUGGCACUACAUCGAUGGACCCACCAAUGAAAGCAGAACUCAGACAGACUUGAGAGACUGCUCCGACCGCAGCGUUUCAUUCCAUUUUAACCCAUUUCAAGCGAUCGAGGAGGCCCUGGGAUCCUCCGUUGGGCCUGACUGGGCGGGCUGGUCUAGUUCGCUCAGCGACAAUGACUUCGACGAGCUGACCACCGCAAGUCGAACGAUGAUAGUAUUCUUCAUUCUUGGCACAACGCUUGUCAUCUUAUCAAUGGGUAUACGCGCCACGGCUCAUCACUUUAGACGUCGCUUUGCGCGUUAUCGCAUCCCAGAUCACAAGGCACCACCUUUGCCCGGACACCCAGAUUAUUCGAUCCGAGGCAAUCUCAACACACCUCCCUCCUACUUGGAGCUUGCUACAUUAGUGCUUAGCACCAUGUUUCUCUUGAUUGCGUCAAUAAUUACCUCCGCAGUCUCUGUGAGGUUCAUCGCGUUGAUCCGUCAAAGCGACGAUGCCGAUGUUUCAGCACGGCACAACAAUACCUUUCUUGGGAUGGCAUGGAGUACGACACUUAUCCAAGGCCUUCUCACAAUCCACAAAGUUGCUGCCCUUAUACGGUAUGAAUCGCAUAAUUCUCGGUUCGAUUCGGAUGGGUACUCCUUGACCCGAGAUACUGGAAACAGGGGAGUAUUUACUCGAAUGGACUAA